AUGCGAGUCCCAUCCGUGCUUGUCGCUGCAUCCAGCUUGCUCUUGCCAUCAUGUCACGCCGUCUUUCUUGACGAUGCGUGGAAGGUAGAUUGGCACCUCGCCCUCGUCGGCGCACCUCAGGACCACACGACCUUCUUCCACCAACCCGUCGCUGCUUCUAAAGCAUCCCUAUUGUACACCCUGUCGGACAAGGCAAUCCUUGGUGCCGUAAAUCCCAAGGACGGGUCCCUAAGAUGGCGCCAGCAACUGUCUCCCUUGAGCAAUUCCACGUCAACUUUCCUCCGCGCCGCUCAGGACCACCACCUCGUCAUCAGCGCCAUUGACGGCCAAGUCGCUGCGUGGAGCGCUGCCGACGGACGUCAAGCAUGGUCUGUUGACCUACAAGAUGCUACUGUAAAAGACCUGGAGAUUGUCGAGAUUCCUGAGCCCAAUGAGCAGGGAGGCUCCAAGGAUGCCAUUGUCUUGACCGGCGGUCCUCUGCCCACCGUACAGAGGCUCGCUCGUCAGGACGGUGCUCAAAAGUGGCUCUUUAGAGACGAGACGGGCGAUGUACCUUUCCAGCUCUCCGUCUCGUCUACACACAUCUUCUACAUUUCCCUGCACACUUCGAUGCUGGGAGGCCUCAAGAUCAAGGUCGUUACCCUGGAUCCCCUGACUGGACACAAGGUCGAACAAUACACUCUGGCUACCGAAAGCGACCUUGGCUCGACUGCAGACAUCUUGUCCGUUGGUGCCAACUCGGCCUCGCCCAUCAUUGCAUGGACUGACAAGGCCCACUCGACUCUCAAGGUCAACGUCAUUGGCUCCAAAGCUGUGUCUACUUUCGACAUUGAUGCCGAUCAAACUGUUUUGGAUCUCUCUCUACAUGCUCCUUACCACGUCAACUCUCGCCCUCAUUUCUUGGUCCACUACGAAACGAGCUCCCAGAACUGGGCUGACGUCUACCAUGUCGAUCUGGUCAAGUCUACUGUGUCCAAGGCUUACUCGCUUCCCAAACUGUCAGGCAAUGCCGCCUUCUCUGUCAGCACCUCUGAAGCCAAUGUCUACUUUACCCGCAUCUCCGAAUCCGAGGUAACAGUUGUGUCGUCUGCUUCGCACGGUGUUCUUGCCCGAUGGCCAUUGAAGGGUGCCGCUGGCAUUACCCUGCAAGGCGAUCACGCUCCUAUUCACGCCGUCUCUGAAGUUUCUGUCAAGGCUGACAUCGUCUCUGCUGUGCGCUCCGCCGUCUACCUGGCAUCUGGCGAGUGGGUUCUUAUCCGCGACGGAACCCCUGUUUGGGAGAGACCCGAAGCUCUCAGCAGCAUCAAGUCUGCAGUCUGGGCAUACCUAUCCGCUCCUGAAGGUCUUGUCCAUGAGCUCGAGAUUGAGGGUCACUCCAACCCUGUGCAAGCCUAUGUCCACAGAGUCAAGAGACAUAUCGCAGCUUUGAACUCUCUCCCAGCAUAUCUCACAGCACUGCCUGGUCGCAUGGCAAACAGUGUUGGCCUCGGAAAAUCCGAUGCUGAUGUAGAUGCGACGAACACCUUUGGCUUCCACAAGAGAAUUGUCUGCGCUACCGAGAGUGGUCGCUUGGUUGCACUUGACGCGAGCGGCAAUGGUAACACGAUUUGGAGUGUGAAGAUUGCCGACAGUGCAGCUACUUCUCCUUGGAGUUCUCCUAAGCUUGAUGCACGCCCAGAUGGCACAAUCGUCGCAAGUAGUACCGAUGGCACUCAGCACAGACUCUUCAACGCAUCAAACGGUGUCGAGAUGACCUACACCGGUUCGGCACUGUCGUCAGGAUUGAAUCCUGUUGCCAAAUAUGCCUAUGGGGUAGAGGAAGGCAAGGUCGUAGGUGGUCCGAUCGCUAAGGCUGCAUCAUGGAGAUUCUCGCCCGGUAACGGAGAGAAAGUCUACAGCCUGACCUCUCGCCCACUUGACGACCCUGUGGCCUCUAUCGGAAAAGUUCUCGGUGACCGUAAGGUUCUUUACAAGUACCUCAACCCCAACACUCUUCUCGUCAUUACUGCCUCCGAAGUGACACUGUCGGCUACUGUCAGUGUGCUUGAUGCGUUGUCAGGAUCUGUUCUCUAUGUUGCUUCGCACCAGGGCGUUGACGCAACUCUGCCCAUCGCCUCAACUAUGUCUGAAAACUGGUUUGCUUAUUCAUUCGCCUCGCAGCCAACAGCGGAUGGCGUCAAGGGCUACCAGCUGGUCAUUGGCGAGAUGUUCGAGUCACCGUUCUCGAACGACAGGGGACCACAAUCUGCUGUCAAGAACUUGACAGAGGUUGACUACAGCUACCAGCCUCACGUAGUUUCUCAGUCUUACCGCAUUCGCGAGCCAAUUUCCAAGCUGGCAGUCACACAGACCAGACAAGGUAUCACAUCAAGAGCAUUGUUGGCUGUGCUGCCCGAAUCCAACGCAGUAGUUGGUAUCCCUCGCCAAGUCAUCGACCCUCGUAGACCCGUUGGAAGGGAGUCCACCAAGGACGAGAUGAUGGAGGGUCUGAUGAAAUACACCCCGGUCCUUGAGUUUGACCCCAAGUGGUACCUCAACCACCAACGCGAGAUCUACGGCGUUGAGACCAUCACAACCAGCCCAGCGGUACUGGAAAGUACUAGUUUGGUCUUUGCUUAUGGUCUCGACGUGUUCAGCACCAGGAUCAGCCCGAGUUUCUCAUUCGACAUUCUCGGCAAGGAUUUCAACAAGUUGCAAAUGCUGGCAACAGUAGCUGCGCUUGCUGUGGCCACUGUCGCCGCUGCACCUCUGCAGAUCAACACGAGAUGGCAAUUCCUGUAG